UUUAACGUAUAUAUUAUGUUUUCUCGAGUUUUUAAGUGCAUGUAGAGAGUUUUUAAGUCUCUGUAACAUUUAUCUGAACACACGACCAUUAUUUACUAGCCUCUCUGUCAUGCACCCGUGAUACCCAUGAUGCACCGGUGCUCUGAUAUUCCACGCCGAGUUGAAGGAACAUCAUCAGAACAUUAGCUUGUUAGCUUAGCUACAGAUUUGACACGAGACCAGAAGUUCUGCCUUUAGGUUUUUUAGAAUGGAGUCAACGAUGAAGAAGGAAGCCGAGAAUGUUUGUGUGCUCUGCUGCCAAGAUAUUGAUAUUUUCGCCGUUGGAAAAUGUGACCACCCGGUGUGUUACCGGUGCUCCACCAAGAUGCGGGUGCUGUGCGAGCAGAAAUAUUGCGCCGUCUGUCGAGUGGAGCUGGACAAGGUUAUAUUUGUUAGAAAACUUCAACCCUUCCCUGCUGUCACUCCGCAUGAAUACCAGUCUGAGAGGAAAUACGACAUCUACUUUGCUGAUGGAAAAAUCUUUGCCCAGUUCAGGAAGAUUUUGCUUUCCGAAUGUCCACAAUGUCCUGAAGCCAAAGUGUUCUCCAAAUUUGAGGAGCUGGAGCAUCAUAUGCGGAAGCAGCAUGAGCUCUUUUGCUGCAAAUUAUGUGCUAAGCACUUGAAGAUAUUCCCCUAUGAGAGGAAGUGGUACAACCGCAAAGAACUGGCUCGACAUCGGACGCAAGGGGACCCGGACGACACGUCUCAUCGUGGCCAUCCGCUCUGUAAAUUUUGCGAUGACCGAUAUCUGGAUAACGACGAACUGCUUAAGCACUUAAGGCGUGACCACUACUUUUGCCAUUUUUGUGAUGCAGACGGAGCACAAGAAUACUAUUGUGAUUACCGUGAUCUCAGCGAUCACUUCAAAGAAAGACAUUUUCUGUGCGAGGAAGGUCGCUGCAGUACAGAGCAGUUCACACAUGCCUUCCGGACAGAGAUCGACUACAAAGCCCAUAAAGCUGCUGCUCACAGUAAGAACCGGGCUGAGGCCCGCCAAAACCGGCAGAUUGACAUACAGUUCAACUACGCCCUACGCCAGCAGAGAAGGAACGAUGGUCUAGUGAGUGCUGAUGAUUAUGAGGAAGUCGAUCGGUUCAACAGACAAGGGCGCUCUGGAAGAGGAAGACCCCAAGGGGUUCACCAGAAUGUAAGAAGCUGGAGGUACAAUAGAGAGGAAGAGGACAAGGACCUGGCUGCUGCAAUUCAGGCCUCACAGGCUGCACGCCGACAGGCAGAGAGAGGACAAGUUCAUGAGAGAGUCCAAAAACCACGCAAAGAGGAGCCGGUGGAGAGCGAUGAGUUAAGAGGCAAUCGGGGUGCAGUCAAACCUCCUAAUGAAAUGCAAGGCAUCAUCGGGCAUCAAGGCAGGAUACACCCUGGACAGAGUGCCAACCCACCCCCGAGGCACGGGGAGAACAUGCAAACUCCACACACACAAGGCGGAGGCAGGAAUCGAACCCCCAACCCUGAAGGUCGCUCGAUGAAGAACAAUGUCCCGAUGAAGGUUGAAGACUUCCCAGUAUUAAGAGCUGGAGCAUCACCACCGCCUAUACAUAACAUGGUGAAACCCACUCCUGUCUCACUGAAAGAAGAUGAUUUCCCUAGCCUGGUGCAUUCUGGCACAAUGGGUUCAGCCCCCAUGACCCCAGCAUAUGUGUCACAAGCUAGAAAACCUUCUUCUUUCCAAGAGGAGGACUUCCCUGCACUUGUCUCAAAGAUCAAACCUCAUAAGCCUCAGGAGAAUACAACAUCUGCUUGGUCACAAGUAGGAAGUAAAUCUGGUGUACUCCAUAAUAAUAAGCCCGUGGUUCUGCCGACGAAGAUGCACUCGCACUCUGCCAAUGUGUUUUCCUCUAGUGACCCACCACCCUCUUCCACUAUUCCUCAGACUCAUGCAUCUCGGCGUAAGAAGAAGCUUACCUCUUCACAGAGCACCAAAACCACAUCCAAAUUUAGAUCUCCGGUCUCAUCAGAUGACGAGGACCCUAAAGCAGGCAAAAUGGUUCAGGAGAUUUGUGCCAUCCCUACCAUGUUAGACAUCUCCUCUCUGCUUACGGUGAAGACUGGAUCAUCACAGCCCAGUAACAAAAAUAGCAAGAAGAAGAAACAGCCUUCAGACGCACCUUUUGGGAUGUCUACAAAUAACGCGGAAUCUGUUAUCACCGUGGCUCACAAAGAAAAUGUACCCGAGGCCAAACCAACAGAUCACCUUCCUAAAGGCACUGUGGUCCCCAAAUCAAAUAUGUUUAUAAAUGGAUUCAGGGAGAAACCUAAGGAAACUAAGAACCCCAUCAUUCCCGAAGAGCCUCCUGCCCCUAAAAAGCAGCCUAUCUCUGAACCACCUGUUGUACCUGCAGAAGAGGAUUUCCCUGCUCUUAUUACUAAGAAGCCUCCACCUGGAUUUAAAAACGCAUUUUCUGUGAAGAACGUUCAGACAGUGCUGCCUCCUCCCCCUCCUGGCCUUGGGCCUGUGAUCAGCAAGCCUCCUCCAGGGUUCACUGGUGUCCUGCUCAACAAUAACAUAGCAGAAUGCUCAGUGCCAGUGACUAACAGACCAGCUUCCUCACACGGGACGUACCACAUGCCUGAAAACUUCAAGCAGAGGAACAUGGAGCUUAUUCAGUCAAUACAGAACUUCCUUCAGAAUGAUGAAUCCAAGUUCACUGAAUUUAAAAAUUAUUCAGGCCAGUUCAGACAGGGUUUAAUUUCUGCUGCUCAGUACCACAAAAGCUGCCACGAGCUGCUGGGGGAAAACUUCAGCAGAGUCUUCAAUGAGUUGCUGGUUCUUCUUCCAGACACACAGAAACAACAGGAGCUUCUCACUGCCCAUACAGACUUUAAAGCCACGGAGAAACAGCAACCAGGCUUAAAAGGCAAGAAAAACAAAAAGAAAGCCUGGCAAACAUGUACCUCUAACAACAGUCUAGACUUGGACUGCGAAGUGUGUCAUAUCUGCAAGCAGGUACUGGCUCCAAAAGACUCCAGUGCUCAUAAGACCCUGCAUAUCGGAGAAGACGACUUUCCCUCUCUCCAGGCCAUAAGCAAGAUUAUCAGUUAACUGCCAAAAAACAGGGGCACGACUCCGACAGGUGGAAAGAUGUGUGUGUUUUCCAGGGUCAGAGAUGUUUAAUACAAUAAGGGAUCACCAGGUGACACGGAGUGCAGCUGUAGUGUGUAUAGAGCAUGGGUGCCCGACUCCAGUAUUGGAGUUUGGUGAUCUUCCUGGUUUCCAAGAUGCCUAAUUUUGCACGCUUGUUAUUCACCAGGUUUAAUUAUGCCACACCAGGACUGCAGUCGGACACCCUUAGACUACAUACUUGAUAAGAAUGAAAUGAGAGCUUAAUUGAAAUGGGAACAUUUAAAUUAAAUUAGACAUCUGCUU